AGAAUGCUCGCUAAAGUAAUUGCCUUGGCUACCAUUAUCGAUGACAUCUACGAUGCGUAUGGAUCUUACGAUGAACAUAUGUGUUUCACAGAGGCACUUGAGAGAUGGGACGUUAGUGCCAUCGAUGAAUUGCCGCCAUACAUGAAAUCCUGUUAUCUUGCCAUUCUUGGUGUUUAUGCUGAAAUGGAGGAGGAAUUGGCCAAGAGAGGAGAAUCUUACCGGGUUGACUACGCUAAAAAUGAGGUCAUAUCUAUUUAAUUACAAUUUGUAUUACUACGUUCAUAUAACUAUUUCAAUGUUUCUUUUUGGAUUAAAUAUACUUCAUUUCCUGAAAUUGAAAAUUGCUUAACGAAACAUA